UGAGUUCGUCCAAACGGUCCAGGCGGUCUCAUUUGCUCGUAAUCCGUGGCAGAUUCUUAGGAACAACGUCUACUUUUUACGAAUAUCACGAGCUAGGUCGAGCUAGGUAGGCUAAUUUGUGCCGUACAAGGAGUGAAUUGAUCUGAAAGCAAUGUCUAAUCAAGAGGAAAGUAUGACAACCUGUGAUGAAACUGUGACAACUGAAACUGAGAGAGAUCAAGAAAAUACACCAGAAAAUAUUUCAACAACAGAUAUAGAAAAACUGGAAGAAGCUAAGCUGAAAGCCAAAUUUCCAAUGGCAGGAAGACCUAUGAGUGGCCACUCUGUGUUUUUGCAGAAGAGGCUUGCAAAUCGGCAAAAAUACUUUGAUUCUGGAGAUUACCAAAUGGCCAAGCAAAAGUCUGCUGCAAAAGCACGCCAAGCUCCAGCAGUCCUGGGAUAUGCAACAGGUGACGCAAUCCCGACACCAGAGACUGUGCCUGUCCGCAAGACGUCCAUUAUCCAGCCUACAAAGUUUACUUCCAGUCCUACCACAUAGAUCUGAAUUUUCUACUGCCAUAAUUGUGAGGGAACUGUGGAUGUUAAGAUGUGGCAGCAUACACAUUUAAGCUUUUUCAAAAUUAGAAUAUAAAUGUUUUAGUGUAUUGUGUAAUAAUUUUUAAGUUUUGGAACUAGAGACUGCUGAUUUAAAAGUGCUGUGUUGGAAGGUGGGGAAAACAAAGAGUUACAGAAUGUCUCCAUGGACAAAUCAAGAAGAUAUAACAAUGUUACUGAAGAAUGUUUCCCCAUAUGGUUAGAAGCUAAUAAAUUAAAUACCAUGCCCAUAUGUCCAGUUCCUAGGGCAAGUGAUAUAUUGUUUUUCCUCCGCCCAUUCUCCCAAUAACAACAAACUGGUAAGAUGAACUGAAUUUUAGAGUUUCAGAUUUUAGAUUGCCUAAGGUCACAUUUGCAAUUAAAUAUUACAGAAGUAAAAAAAAAAAGGACAGCAUAAUUUAACAGUGCAUUAUAUAUCAUUGAUAUGCAUGCUUUUUGUCAUCUUGUUUCUACGAUGAAUGAACAUUUAAGAGGGUUCUAUAGUACUUUUGUCGUCUGAAUCAAGUAGGAUUUAUGAAAUGAAAGAUUUUCUUGUUAUUCAUUGUUUGUGAAGGGCAGUAAUAUCAUAUUCAAUUUAUGUCUGGCAGAAAUAUCCUUACAUUAAUUUUCAGUGUUAUUUUGGCCUAUCAGCAAAUUGUAUUAAAAUAAAUAUUGCAAAAACUGAAGCAGAACGAAAAUUAUGGAAAAAUACACAGUUCUCAAAAAUAUUUCUGCCCUUAUUAAAUUCACCUUUUGUGUGUUUCUCCAAUUUUUUGUCAGCAUUUCCAUAAUUUGAAAAUAAAGAAUACUCAUGACUGUUUUCCUCA